AUGUCCGAAUCUACCUGGGAAAAGACAAAGCGAUUCUCCAAAAAGGGCUUCGACAAAACAUGGGCGACCGUCGACAAACUUGGCGCCCCGGUUAAUCGCCUCUCCAAUAAGCUUGGCGCCGAGGCCUUUUGGCCUAUGGCCAUCGACAAAGAAAGCGACAAAGCCGCGCGCAUUUUGCGCAGUUUCUGCAAAGAUGGUUUCUAUGCCGCCGAUACCGAGGACGGAUAUGACGAGAAUGGCAAAAUCAAUCGCCCCAAGGGCAAGCAAAAGGUCAUCAAGAAGAUUCCGUCGCAAGUCAUCAAAAAUGCCAAAGGUAUCGCUGUCUUCACCACCAUGCGAACCGGCCUUUGGGUGAGUGGUUCGGGUGGAAGUGGUGUGUUGCUCGCUCGGAUCCCCGAGACAGGCGAAUGGAGCCCGCCAUCUGGUAUCAUGCUGCACACUGCUGGCAUUGGUUUCCUCGCUGGUGUCGACAUCUACGACUGUGUCGUCAUCAUUAAUACUCAGCAAGCUCUAGAGGCGUUCAAGAAGCUGCGCUGCACACUCGGUGGCGAGGUUAGUGUGGCGGCUGGUCCCGUUGGAAUGGGUGGCGUGCUCGAUUCCGAGGUUCACAAGCGUCAGUCCCCGAUCUGGACCUACAUGAAGAGUAAGGGUCUUUAUGCGGGUGUGGCCGUCGACGGCACUAUCAUUAUCGAGCGAAGCGACGAGAACGAACGCUUCUACGGCGAGCGAAUCUCCGUUACCGAUAUCCUCGCCGGCAAAGUCCGCCACCCACCUGCGUCGAUCAAUACCCUUCUGCAAACCCUCAAAGCCGCUCAGGGAGACCGCGACGUGGAUGAAAGCCUGAUUCCGGCUCCUGGCGAGACCCCUGGCGACAUUGAACUCGACGACGGCCACGCCUUCGGUGUCCCCUCGGCCGAAGACCCCGAUCCGUAUGGAGUGAAAGCGUUGGAGGCUGAGGGGUUGUUUAUUCGGGAGGCCAGCACCAAGGUGAGGCCAAGCCCCGAGACCUUUGAGUUCCGGCCCAAUCCGAGCAGCCCGGUCUAUGCGACUUUUUCGCGGCGCAGCCUUGACAGCUCGCCGCGGAACAGCUGGCGGACCAGUAUGCAGAGUUAUUCCAGCGUGAAUCGCGGGACUCAGACGGAUAGCAGUACCCAGACGGAUUUCCCGCUAACAACGCCCACUUCAGUGAGCCGAGCGUCUUCGCGGAGUGCGAAGGAAUCGACGGGUGUUUCUGAGAAUCCCGAGGAGAGAUGGGAGGCAGUGCCGAUCGGUGGCGAGGAAGAGGACAAGGAUUUGUUGGAUGCGAAGAGACUGAUUGCACGAGCGGAGAUUGAAAAUGAAAACGAAGAAGACCAGCCAAUUGACUAUGACGACGACUUUGAGGUCCAUGAAGUUACCAACGCGACUAUCACCAAGCAGGAGCGAGCUGUCGAGUCACCUGUUGAAGAACGUCCGGCUACUGCGGACUCUUCGCGCAGCUCACCCAAUUUCACUCGCGCUCGUCUCGUCACUAUCAAUAAAAAUAAACGACCUACCCCACCGGCCUUACCUCCCCGUCACCCCCGUCACACCUGGGGAUCGGGUUCUAGUCGCGAAUCUACCUCUCCCACUGGCCUCUCGCAUUCUAGUCGCAGCACCGAGCCCACCGAAACUACCGGUGAUUCGGGUGACCUGACUGAGCCGGCUAGCGGAUUUGCGGCCUUGCCCUCGAAUGUGACCAUGCUCCAGACGAACACUGCUCUGCCAGUUGUCGUUGACGAGGAUGAUUUUGACGAGGAGGACCUCAAGUCUGAGCCUGAGACGCCAGCCGAGAAAGAUGAAUUCCACUCAGUCAAUGGAGACGUCGAGGAGUCUGAGCCCGCGGAGGAAAAUGUCUUCCAGACUCCGAUUGGUGAUGUUCCAGCUUUGGAAACCGAGAAGAUCGAGAAAGAUGAGCCGGAGACUACCUCUCCCAAAUCCGAUGUCUCUCUAAAGUCUGACGUCCCGGCAACUGAAACCAACGCCUCUGGUGAAGACCUUCACCUCGAUGCUUUGGAAGCUGCAGCAGAGAAGUCCAAUGUGCAACCCAAGACUGAGGAGUUUGAUGCCGACAAGGUCAACUCUGAAGACCAGAGCAAUGGUGUUGUCAACAUCCACUCUUUGAAUGCCCAGGCAGCUUGA